AACACAUCAAACAAAUAAUUCUUUCCUCCCCUUUCUUUUACCCUCUAUCCAGAAUGAGCUCAUUCUUUAGACCUGCUUAUGCUUUCUACAAUAGGCAGUACAAUGCUCGUCCUAUUCUAACCAUCUGCACCACUAAUGCAUUGCUCGCUGGUGUGUCAGACACUAUCACUCAAAAAUAUCUCACAAAAUAUGAUCCUGAAUCGACCGCGGAUUUAUCUGCAGACACCAAAGCAACCCUCAGAGAUAGCAUGGGCCGUUCACAUGCUGAGGGACAAAAUCUGAAAGAUAAGGCCAAAGAUGCCUCCAAGAAUGUUAAGGAAACCCUCGAGGCUGGUGCAGAUCAUGCUAAAACUAUGGGUCAGCAAACAGUGAAGGAGGUGAAGGAGCGUGGUUGGGAAGGAGCCAAGGAUAUGGGUGAAGGCUUUGCAAAGAUCGGUGAGGAGAUGUCAUAUAUUGCAAAGGACAAAGUUAAGGAUUCGAUGGAUUCAGCCAAGGAUAAAGUCAAAGGAUCUGUGGAUUCAGCCAAGGACUCUGCUAAAUCUUUGAAGGAUCGUGGUGUUGAACAUGCUAACGAUGCUUCUCAAGCUGCCAAAGACUCAUCUCAAUCAAUGAUGGGCCGUGGAGUAGCUCAUGCAAAGGGUGCUGUCAAGGAUGUCAAGGAAACCCUCGAGGCUGGUGCAGAUCACGCGAAAACUAUGGGCCAGCAAACAGUGAAGGAGGUGAAGGAGCGUGGUUGGGAAGGAGCCAAGGAUAUGGGCGAGGGCUUCGCAAAGAUCGGUGAGGAGAUGUCAUAUAUCGCAAAGGACAAAGUUAAAGAUACAGUAGAUUCAGCCAAAGACUCGGCCAAGUCCUUGAAGGACAGUGGUGAAAAGAUGCUCACAAGUGCCAAAGAAGGUGUUCAGGAACACCUGCCUCAGAUUAGCUCGUCAUCAUCCAUUUCCGACGCAGGGUCACAAGACCUAGCAAGAACAGGUCGUUUCAUGUUCUAUAACUUCUCAGUUGCUCCAGUUAUCCACACCUGGUACAGCUUCUUGGACAAGAAGUUCCCUCUUGCUGAUGGUCAAGCAGGCAAGGUCAUGUCUACACAAGGCUCAAGAGUGGCUCGCACUAUGGCCCCAGCUUUCAAGAGAAUGGUAGCUGACCAGGCUCUCUUUGCGCCUGUUGGUCUUGUUCUCAUGUUCAGUGGUCUCACUGUCCUUGAAGGAGGCGGUGUUCAGGGAAUUAAGCAUAAGUUGGACAAUACAUUUGUUGACACACUCAAGACCAACUACAUGGUCUGGCCAUUGGUCCAACUUGUGAAUUUUAGUAUGAUGCCUCUUCAGCUUCGUUUGCCUUUCGUGAGUGCCGUUGGUAUCGCAUGGAAUGCAUACUUGAGGUAA